ACUACUAUAAAAGCUACUACCAUAGAGGCUACUAGCAUAGAGGCUACUACCAUAGAGGCUACUACUAUAGGAGCUACUAGCAUAGAGGCUACUACCAUAGAGGCUACUACUAUAGGAGCUACUAGCAUAGAGGCUACUACUAUAGGAGCUAUUACCAUAGAGGCUGCUACCAUAGAGGCUACUACCAUAGAGGCUACUACUAUAGGAGCUACUAGCAUAGAGGCUACUAGCAUAGAGGCUACAACCAUAGAGGCUACUACUAUAGAGGCUACUACCAUAGAGGCUACUAGCAUAGAGGCUACUACCAUAGAGGCUACUACCAUAGGGAUACCACAGCUUUGACACACGGCCGCUAAGUGACAUGUCACGGAAACCCAAAGAUGAAUACUACCGUUUUUUUACCGUUACAGAGCCACGCACACACGAGAAGGGACACACCGAAUACAAAGUGUCGGCAAGGUUUGUGUCCAAGCGUCAUCCGGAAGAUGUGAAAGAGGUGGUUGUGUGGAGGAGGUUCUCAGAGCUGAAGAAGCUCCAUGGGGAGUUGGCCUACACUCACAGGAACCUGUUCAGAAGACAGGAAGAGUUUCCAUCUUUUCCCCGCGCACAAGUCUUUGGAAGGUUUGAUGAGGCUGUGAUUGAAGAGAGGAGGAAUGCUGCAGAGGUCAUGCUUCUAUUUACUACCAGCAUACCUGCACUCUACAAUAGCCCGCAGCUAAAGGACUUUUUCAGAGGUGGUGAGGUGACAAGGCCUCUGGAUACCACCCCUCUGUCUACUGCUGGGCUCCUGCCCCCACCUCUCAUCCCCCUUCCUAAGCGCAGGGCGUCAGACUGUGAACCAGCAGAGGAGGAGGAGGGAAGGGAGGCUCCCACCUUACCCCAAGACCUGGGCAUCAACCUGGGCUUAGACGAGGGAGAACCGGAGGAGGCGGCUGAGGCUUACCGCGAGAUGGGAGGCUCUCCGAGAGAAGGACAAGAACAAGAGGAGCUUAGCGAUAUAGAGCUCGAUGACCGAGCUUUGUCUCCUGACCCUUGCCCAGCCAGAAACCACCAAUCACAAGAGUCCCAGGAAGAAUUUGAUUUACUGUUUGACUCUGUGGCAGAAGAGCAAGUUCCAUCCUCCAAAGAGGAAGGUCCACCUCCUCUGACUGAUAAUGACUUGGCUGUCUUUGAUCCCUGCUAUAAACAAGAUAAAUCUAAUUCUUUCAGUGACCACUCAGAAUUGUUCUCACUGCCACCAGCCAGUCUGACAGGAGGGGACGUGGGUUACUUAAACCAAGCUGCCACUGAGCUAACAGCUGCAAUGAAGAGGGAGAAGGAAGGAGAAUUUAGUUCUGCCAUCCGUGGAUACAGGACGGCGGUGGAUAUCCUGAUCACUGGAGUACAGGGAGACCCAGAUCCAAUUCGCAGGGAGUCUGUGAUGAGAAGGACAGCCCAAUAUCUGAAGCACACUGAGAUGUUGGUUGACAGGCACUCCUCACCCACACACACUCACACACAGACACACACACAUUCCCAGGACCCUUAGAUGCACACUUUUUUUUAUAUAAACACUGUUCACACACACAUGAAGACAGAUAAAAGAAGCUCAGGGUUGUGACAUACAUAAGCGCACACACACACACACGUGCACACACACACACACACACACACACACACACACACACACACAGUCAUAGGCAUACCUACACAAAUGCACAGUUAUAUACAGUAUGUAUGUUGACAUACAGUUAUAACAAAAAAUCAUUUAAACCAUUCAGAAAUACAUUCAGGUGCAAAACAACUACCAGCACACACACAGACACCCACUCCCGAU